AUGCCCACUCGCACCGCUAGCGAUACUGUGAACGGCACAACUUCUAAAGAAAGACCUAAGCCCUCUCGUUCAUCUACCGUCUCUUCUCCUGGUGGCGACUUAAGCGAAGACAGAGGCUACGGCGGUUCCACAUACGAUGAUACUGUGAUUCCACCAACCCAUGACUACCGCACCCUUGUUGUCUGUUACGAUGGCACAGGCGAUCAAUUUGAUGACGACAACUCGAACAUUGUGCAGUUCUUUUCCAUGCUCAAGAAGGAUGACCGUAGUCAGCAGAUGGUCUAUUAUCAGGCGGGUAUCGGGACCUACACUAUCCCGCAGAUUGCGACUCCCGCGUACGCAAAGUACUCGAAGACGAUGGAUAUGGCCAUUGCGCAGAACCUCGAUGCUCACGUUAUGGGUGGGUAUGAAUUCCUUAUGGAGCACUACCAGGCGAUGGACAAAAUUUGCAUCUUUGGCUUCUCUCGAGGAGCGUAUACUGCCAGAGCGUUAGCCGGAAUGAUUCACAAAGUCGGGCUUCUUCCAGCGUCAAACAAGCAACAAGUGCCUUUCGCGUACAAGAUGUUCACCUCUGACAAUGAAAAAGGUUGGAAGCAGAGUACGCUUUUCAAGAAAACGUUCUCGGUGGACGUUGAGAUCGAGUUCAUCGGCGUUUGGGACACCGUUGCCUCCGUAGGGUUCUUCCCUCGCCACCUCCCGUUCACAACAUCCAACACCGCAGUCCGCUACUUCCGCCACGCUAUUGCGCUCGACGAGCACCGUGUCAAGUUCCGCGUGAAUCACUUCCAGAAGACGCCACCUCACGUCCACGAGCUCGGAACCAAGCCAGGCGAAAUGCCCCGCUCGAACCAGAAACCGAAGAACUCGCACGCGGACACGGACCCCCACAACCCACAUUCGCAUGCCGGGAAAAAGGUGGGGGCCAGACAUCUCGAACGCGAAUUUUCGGAGUAUUAUGACGUCGAGACGGAUGUCAAGGAGGUCUGGUUCGCUGGCUGCCAUUGUGAUGUUGGCGGUGGAUCCGUCAAGAACGGAACUCGUCAUUCGCUCGCUCGCAUCCCAUUGAGAUGGAUGCUCCGCGAAUGUUUCCGCUGCAACACUGGCAUCCAAUUCCACCGCGACCUCUUCAAGUACGUCGGCAUGGACCCAGACCAUCUCUACCCUUUCGUUCGCGACCGUCCACCGCCGAUCAUGUCUGUCUCCUAUCCUCCCAUUCACGGGCACGAGGUCGAUCAGGAGGUCGAGGCGUUCGGCGAGACAGGCGACUAUGGCACGUUGACGGAGGAGGAGGAGGACCUGAGGGACGCAUUGUGCCCAAUGUAUGAUCAGCUGCAGCUGGCCUGGGGUUGGUGGCUCUUGGAGUACCUUCCCAUGAAGGUCAGGUCGAACAAACCAGACCGAUUGAUGCUCGAUACAUAUACGGUAAACAUGGGAUAUCCGCGCGAGAUCCCUAAGCAGAAGAAGCAAGGGAUCAAUAUACACAGGUCGGUGAAGAUCCGGAUGGAUGCAGACUUGGUCCAGACGGCGAACGGCAAGCCGGAGAAGUAUACUCCGCGUCCGGAGAUGCAAGUUGACCCUACGUGGGUGGAGUAG